UGUUGACUUUGUUUGUUACAAUUUCUUUUGAUUAUUUUUUAAUUAAUUUCCUUUCAUUUUACUAAUUAAUUGAUUCAAUUGAUUUAAUUACUUUACUUUAGUGUUAAAGGGCAAAUUUGUUUGUGUCAAAGAGUAAAGGUGAACAUCCAACAUUUGGGUUACUUUGAGUUUUAACCUUUCGCUUGAAAUUAUUGAAUUGAAUUUGUUUCAAUUGAUUUUCCUUUUCGUAACUAGAGACAAGGUAACACUCUAGUGACCACAAUUAACUGUGAUAAUCUGUUUGAAAGCUAAAAUCUCUGACAUUUUGGAAAAUUUUGUCAUAAGCUUGUCAACAACAAACGACAAUCUUGAAAAUCAAUCUUGAUCAAUUGUGGUUUUUUUUUGGUGUUUUGGUUAAUCAAUCUCACGGAAUUAAAUCAUUUACUUGAAAGAAUUACAUGUAAUCCAUAUAAUAUUUAUAUUCCUGAUUUGUGGUCAACCUUCAAUCAACUUGGACACUUAAUCAAUCAACUAAACCAAUACAACAAUUAACACAAUAAAUUGUCUCUCAUACAAUCUUAGUCAAUUAAUCAUUUCAGUUGAAAGCGACAACACCUAUAGACUAUUCAGUUCUGGUUAAAGAUCCAUCACUUUUACUUGCCAGUGUUCAUAGGCAAUUGCAAUUACAACAUCAGCCUAACCCAUCAUCUAAUCAUCAUCAUCACCUUUACCAUCAACAAUUACAGCAACAAUUACUUCAUAAAACAAACCAUUCUGGUUUAAGUAACCACAAAAUGCCACCACCAGCACCCAAAUAUGAUAAACGAAGUGUUAACUCAAACGGCGAUGAAACCAUUGGUAAAAGGAAAACUUUACUCGACUUUUUUGGUAAAGGAAGUCAACAACAACAACAGAAACAGAUCAGAAUUGAUUCAAAAACGGUUACCAGACCAUCAAUUAUCCAUCAAGAAUUAAAAUUAUCCAACAAUAAAAGUGUACCCAAUGUGAUUGAUUUAAGUGAUGAAGAUGAUUUAAACAAUCUAAAUGGUAACAACGGUUAUUUCAAAUCCCCAACGGUUCCCAAAUCUAAAGGUGUAAGUGCCAAUCGUAAGGAUAAUAAACAAAAACAACAACAACAACAAUCACUAAAUCAACGUAAAAAUAAUAACAUUGGUUCAUCUCAAGAGAUUGAAAUAAUUGAAGAUGAAGAUGAUCUUAAUGUGAUAUCAUUUAAAACACCAAUGUUACCUCAUCGUAAUGAAACAAAAUCGCCAAUGGUCAAUUCACCAUAUCCUUAUUAUCAACCGAUUAAAUCAUUAUGGAGAGAACCAGUUAAAGAUGAUGAAGAAAUAAGAAUAGAGAAAUUGAAAGAGAAAAAUUUCAUUAAAAUUGAAGAUUUUCUCCAAAUAGUAAUUGAUACCAAAGGUGAUGUUUCAGAAUUAAAUUCUGAAUCAAAAGAAAAUGACCCACCCCAAGUCGAAUGGCAGAAAGAUUAUAAAUUGAAACAUUUUCGUGAUAUGAUUGAUUCAGUUCUUAAGGAUAAUCAUUAUUCUCACCUUUUCGAUGAUCAUGAUUGGGAUGCUCUCUACAAGUUCACCAAUCUAAGUUAUUCUGCUCAAGCUUUAUAUUUAAGACUUUUGGUUCGUAAACCAAAUUGGAUCCGAAUGCAAUCAAUGAGAUACCCUGAUAUCGAUAAUAUUAAAACGAAAUUAGCAGAAUUAGUUAGAUAUAAGUUACUAAUUUCAGUUGAUCAUCUCAAUAAUCUAACGGAUGCUCUUAAUUGUUUGGAUGCUAGUGAAAUUAAAAUGUUCGCUAAACAUUUAAAAGGAAUUUCUCUUAAAACUAAUUCUACCAAAGCAGCUUUAAUUGACGCAAUUAAGAAACACGUACGAUCAAGUAAAUCAAUAUCAUCUCACUUUAUGGGACCAAGUGGUUCCAAUGGUAAUGGUAACAUUGAUUUACCAGUUUUAAAUCAAAUUAAACAAUUACUGGGGAAUACAUGUUUUCGUGUUGACCGUCAAUCAGCUCGAGUUUUUCUUCGUAUAGCACUUAUCCGAUUCCCGCCAACAAUUAGUGACGAUGAUGAUGGUGUUAUGCUAAGUAACGAAUUAUUCAAUUUAUGGAAAGUUGAUCAAGGUGAAUUAAAGUACGUGCCUUAUAUGAUCAACAAACACACCAAAGUUUUCCCUCGACGGAACAAUUUAAUCUUAUUUGAAGAAGCAUGUAAUUUGGAAAGUGAUCUGAUGCAAGCAAUUGAAACACGAAAUCAACAAUUAGCCAUCGAAACUAUUUUACCACGAAUACAAAAUGCCUUUGAUUCCUUGAUCGCCACAGAUAUAAUCUAUUUUGAUAGUAAACUACCCGCUUACCUGCGUCGAUUUACCUCUGGUCAUGUUCUCACUCGAGCUUUGACAACUUGCGUAACUGUACUUGAACAAAGACGAUGUUACCAUGAAGCUGUCAUUCUACUAGAGAAACUACUUGCACAGCGUUUAUAUUGCCUUGAUUAUCGAGGUAAAUGGUUUGAAAGAUUAACCCUAAAUUACGAUAAACACCUUAAGCGAACAGUUGAAGCUAUUGAGGUAAUUCGAGUGGCACUUUCAGACAAUUAUGUACGAGGAGGUCACCGAUAUUCACUCUACCUACGAUCAAAGAAACUUGGACUUGUUGCCAACGGAAAAGUUGAAUCACUUGAAGAAUUUCAAUUCAAGUUAAAACAAACAACAAUCAAAGCACCAGCGUUAAAACAAUGUAUCGAUGGAAGGAAAAACGUAUUCAUAUCGUCCAAAGACAACGGCGAAGUGAACAUUAUCCCAGUCGAACAAGUUGUAAUCGAGUAUUACAAUAAACAAGGAUACACCAGGGGAAUUCAUUGCGAGGGUGUUGUUUACAAUACACUUUUUUGCCUUCUCUUUUGGAAGAUAAUUUAUGCUGAUGAUCUGAUGGCAAGUGAUGCUUUCCAUUCACCCUACCAGAGAGUACCGCUUGACCUUAAUUUCAAUGAUUUCUAUUCUCGUCGACAACCAUUAAUUAACGCUAAAUUACAAAUGAUAAAAAGUUCAACGAAAGAAUCACUAAUUGAGGAAAUAUCUGCAACUUGGGAUUCUUAUAAAGAUUGUGCAUCUCUAGUGAAUUGGGAAAAAUGUACAAUCAAUUUGUUGAAGGAAAUAGUUUUAUGUAUGAAAGUCAAUACGUUGGCCGCUAUUUGCGAGAGAUUAGCACUGGAUUAUCGUAGUCACAGGAGCGGUUUUCCUGAUGUAUUAUUAUGGAAUCCAAGUAAAUCAACAAUUAAAGCCGUCGAGGUUAAAGGACCCGGUGAUCAGGUCUCUCCUAAACAAGCCUUAUGGAUUAAUUACCUUGAGAAAAACGGACUUGAGGCCGAAAUUGUUUUCGUUAAAGUUGGUCGAACAGAAUCUGAAUAACAAAUUUCCAACAAGUGAAUUGUUGUUCACUUUGAUUAACAAUCAUGUUCCAAGUAAUCAAAUUAAUUUGAACUGAUCUAUCGAUUCGUCAACUAAUCAUCACCGAAGAAGCAAGAAAAAAUUGUCAUCAAAAUUCAUCAUCUUCAUCAACCAUCAUCUAAAUUAAUGCAUUGACAAUAAUGUAUUUUUGCACUUUAAUCAGUUGUUCAUCUGAUUUUUUUUUCAAUUUAAUUUCUUCCUUCUCUCUGCUCUCUCUCUUAAUUACUUUCCUCUCUGUUGUAAUCAAUUGUUUACAAAUUGUUUAUUUCUUGUUAUUGUUCAACAAUUAACAAGAAAAAAUCAAAAUGUUUCUAAAUUUGUUACCAAGAAAACGAAUCUAGUUUACUAAUUGUAUUCACCCUAAUGUUCAAUCACAAUUUUCCACCUUAUUAAGUUUUUUUUGUCUAUUAUAACCUAUUGUUUUUCCUCAUUUACAUUGUAUCAUUUUUUUUUAUAAGAAACACAAUUAUCACUAAUUGUAAACAUCCAAUACUUUGGAUUCAAUUUGCAUUUAAUUUCACAUGGAAAAUUAAGUCUCCUAUUAAUAAAAUUUGCCAAAUUGAGAUUAUAAAUUAUCAA